GGUAAGAUUUCAGUCUGGGUCAAAUGACCAAAAAGAAUCUUUUAAUGAGGAAAGACGUUACUGCCCUCGUUUCUCCUCGUCUUCUUCAUAGAUACGAGCUCUCGAGAAACCAGAUCUGAUUUCUUCACCAGUUUCCAUUGCUUUCUUCUGUUGCUGUCGAUCUUCCCUUUCUCCACCACCACCAUCAUCAACUAUAACCGCAUCUUCCACCACCACCAUCGACAAUACUACAACCACCACCAUCAGCAUCUACGACAAACUACAAACAACAUCACCACCUUCCUCCACCACCGCACCCAUCGAAAAUACUACUACCACCGCCAUCAGCAUCUACAGAAACUACAGCCAACACCACCACCUUCCUCAUAAAGGUUCCUCCUUUGAUCGAAAUUCAUCUUCUCCGAUCUAUAUCACUGGUUUUCUGAAUGUCAAUUUGGAUUUGCAGCCUUCUCUACAUCUCUCAAAACAUUCCAAAAGGCGACUCCUUUAGAUUUCUUCACCAAUUGCUCAAAAAGAUUGUCGCUGAUUCGAGUUUGAUGGCAACCUGUUUACAUGAAGAGGUAAAGAGACUGCAGAAUCUUGUGUAUAGACUAACCACAGAGAUAGAUGUAAAGAACCAAAGGAUGGAAUGCAUGGAAAAAAUGUUGACUCUACUAUCAACAUCUCUUGGGGAUGCCAUUGACGCUAGAGAUUUAGAAUACCAGCAGGCAUGGUCUGGAGUUCAAAGUCCAUAAUCUUAACUUAUGAACAUGGCUUGGAGAUUCGUUUUAAGGAAGCAAACAAAGCUGAAGUUGUAUUUUAUCUCUAUUCUCUACUAGGAGUAGCUACAGCAGAAGCUAAGAUAGCCGACCUCGGAAAAGUUCAAAUUUUCAAGAAGGUUAGUUUUGUCUUUCUUGUUUUUCUGCCACUAUAAUGAUUUGAU